CACUCUGUCCGAGUGCCCGAGCUGACUUUUACCCUCGUCACCAUCUCUGUCCUUGGCUCCCCUUAGCUCCCUUGCAUCCCCGCCCGGCCGCCCCCUUCCCCCAAUUCGCCGACCCGCCACUCCUGAAUCCCAUCCAAAUUCUUCCGCAUCUUUUCAAAGAUCGGAUUUUGGGAGGGGCACCGCCCCCAGAUCGGGGAGGAAUCCCCGUUCCGUCUGGUGGGUCGGCCUCCGCUGCUCGUUUCUUGGCUAUUUUCCCCUUCUCAAGGGCGGCUCUUGGAUGGGCUGCCUGCCGUGCUUCGGGUCGUCUGGUGAGGGGGCGGCCAAGAAGGGCGGCGCGCGCAAGGACGGCUCGUCGGAUCGCCGCGUCACCCGCGUCGGAUCAGCUUCUGCUUUAGAUAAAUCAAAGCCACAGGGUGGAUCGGACUCUAAGAAGGAUGCAGUUAUCCUGAGGGAUGGGAACAAUCAGCAUAUUGCAGCACACACUUUCACUUUUCGUGAACUUGCUGCUGCCACUAAGAACUUCAGACAAGAUUGCUUAUUGGGUGAAGGAGGUUUUGGCCGUGUUUAUAAAGGACGGUUGGAGAAUGGGCAGGUUGUUGCAGUGAAGCAACUUGAUCGCAAUGGCCUUCAAGGAAAUAGGGAGUUUCUUGUUGAGGUUCUAAUGCUGAGCCUAUUGCACCAUGACAACCUGGUCAACCUAAUUGGAUAUUGUGCUGACGGGGACCAACGUCUUCUUGUAUACGAGUUUAUGCCAUUGGGAUCACUUGAGGAUCAUUUGCAUGAUAUUCCACCUGAUAAGGAACCUCUGGACUGGAAUACACGGAUGAAGAUUGCUGCUGGUGCCGCCAAGGGCUUAGAGUACUUGCACGACAAAGCAAGUCCUCCUGUUAUUUACAGGGAUUUCAAGUCCUCAAACAUUCUACUUGGUGAAGGGUUUCAUCCAAAGUUAUCGGACUUUGGCCUCGCUAAACUUGGCCCUGUUGGUGACAAGACUCAUGUUUCAACACGUGUUAUGGGAACUUAUGGCUACUGUGCCCCAGAGUAUGCAAUGACAGGGCAGCUUACAGUUAAAUCUGAUGUAUAUAGUUUUGGCGUUGUGUUCCUUGAACUGAUUACUGGUCGCAAAGCAAUUGACAACACCAAGCCCCAUGGAGAGCAAAAUCUAGUUGCAUGGGCUCGUCCUCUAUUCAAGGACCGGCGAAAAUUUCCUAAAAUGGCUGAUCCAUUACUUCAGGGCCACUUCCCCAUGAGGGGUCUGUAUCAGGCUUUAGCCGUUGCUGCUAUGUGUUUGCAAGAGCAAGCUGCUACACGCCCCUUUAUAGGUGAUGUGGUCACUGCUCUUUCAUACCUAGCUUCUCAGACAUACGAUCCAAACGCACCUGUUCAACAUAGUCGGAGUAAUACAUCAACUCCGAGGGCUAGCCGAGGUGGCGGGAGCAAUGACCAACGCCGUCUCCGCUCACCGAAUCACCAUUCUCCGGAUUUGAGGAGAAGGGAAGCCACCACAGGGUCAAAAUACGAGGCUGAGGUCAGUAGGACAAACUCUGGCAGUGGUUCUGGUCGUCGGUCUGGCUUGGAUGACGUGGAUACGGCAGGUUUGCAAUUGGGGAGUCCUGGACAUGCAGGAAGGAAGAGGGAAUCUCCGAGGACAACAGAAAGGCAGCUAGCUGUUGCAACGGCCAAAACAUGGGGGGAGAAUUCGCGAGACAGAAAUUGACCAAAACUUUCAGGGCAGCAUUGAGAGUAUGAAUGAGUUGAACUCUGAAGCAGAAGGUUCAAUCCACUCAUCAUUCAGAAGAAAUGAUGAGUUCCUUGCCAGCACCAAACAGGACGAUUAGGAACUCUGCAUCUGUUCCAUCUUGGUCCCUUGGUCAUGUGAAUAGAGCUUUUCUUUUUCCCCUUUCCUGGCUAUUGCCACUGCUUCACAGCUUCUCCAUACAAAUAUCACCACCACCACAACCACCGACAAAACGCCCAUUCCUGGCAUCUGUUCCUCAUGAAUGUGAUCAUGCUUAUGAGCCUUUGUUGUCAUUGGCAAAGAACAACAUUCGGCUGAAAAUGUAACGGGCAUAGGGAAAAUCUUCUCAGAGGAGCAAAGGAUUUCAACUAAUGGGUAUCUUAUGUUGCUGUUGCAUGAUGGGUGUCAGCGGCCGCACCAGUGUGGGAGUGUAGAGCUUAUGUAAGUCCGUGUACCGAGGGUUGAGGGAUGUGAUGUUCUUUUCCUGAAGGGUUUGUACCUGGGGUUGUCUUGUUACAUUUUUGAGUUGUUGUCAGAACACAUCCUUUAUGUUGUCUGCAUCAACAAACUGUCGUGCCCCUUGCCUCUUAUGCAUGCUGUUUUGAAAACUGGUUUUGUUCCCC